GGACAAGACACAAGAACAUCUUUCUUCUUACAAAUAUAUCCUUAUAACUAGACAACGGACAACCCCAUUAUUUCACCCAUAAAUAUCAGAGGUUCAAGUAGCCAGCUUUGAUCACUUCUUAUUUUUAAAGAGUAUUUGGAGGGUUUAACUCUUUGUAUAAUAACAAAAAUGGAAACAACUUCGCCAAUUGGUUCCGGCAAAGAGCAAACGAGUAGUACAUAUCGUGUUUUUGUGGGUCCAUUUGUUCGGCAUUAUCCACCAGAAUUUUUACGUAAGCUAAUAGCAGAAAUGAUAGCAACGUAUUUGAUGGUGUUUGUGUCAUGCGGAGUGAACGCCAUGAACGCCAUUGAUGAACAUAAGAUAGGCAAGAUUGGAGUUUCACUUGCCGUUGGAAUGAUCGUUAUGGUUAUGAUUUACGCUGUUGGCCAUAUUUCUGGUGCUCAUAUGAACCCUGCCGUCACUCUAGCUUUUGCUGCCACUCGGCAUUUCCCUUGGAAACAGGUACCCAUAUAUGCUACAGCACAUUUGACAGGAGCAACACUAGCUGCAUUUACAAUAAGAGUGCUUCUUCAUCCCAUCAAAACAGUAGGAAUCACAACUCCCACUGAGACAUCUUCUCAAGCACUCAUUAUGGAAAUUCUUGUUACUUUUAUUAUGAUGUUUGUCACUUCUGCCGUUGCUACCGACUCUAAAGCUGUUGGAGAAUUGGCUGGAAUUGCAGUUGGUUCUGCAGUUUGCAUUAGUUCUAUCUUAGCCGGACCAAUAUCAGGAGGAUCUAUGAACCCAGCUCGAACCAUUGGACCAGCUUUAGCAAGUGGAUAUUACAAAGCACUUUGGGUGUAUGUUGUGGGACCAUUAACAGGCACUUUACUAGGAGCAUGGUCAUAUGAAUUUAUUAGGGUUAAUGAUAGCCAAGCUCACAUUAACUCUAAUAGACCUUCCCUAUAAAUAUGAAUUUUGUUUCUCGUUCCGAUUGCAUUAAACGAUAUUGCUAUUGAAAAUCAAAUGCAAAUCUACGUAUAGAAGUUAAAAAUGAUUUUCCAAAACUUAUGGUGUAUUAGUAUGUAUACAUCGUUGUUUACCACUUUGUUUAAUGUAUAAUAGUCAUCUAUUAUUUUUGUAAUAAACAACUUCUUGUGAAAAUAGAAAGUUGAAGCUACUUUUAAUA